GUUCCGCCAGAGUGUGAAAUAUUUGUUCCUAGGAAACAAAUGCUGCUCUCACAUCUCAUCAUAAUGGCCUCAUCUUCUCUUCUCUGACCGCCUGGUCGUCUUAAAAACUAAAAUAUGUCGCGAAAGUAUCGUAAACCUUUUAUAACGUUUGUUUUGUUAUUUAUUUUUCAUAGUUCCGCCAUGUUGAGUCUAUCGGCUCAGACAGCAGAAGGAACUGAUGAGUCUCCUCAGGUUGUUCAGUCAGAGGAGUUGGAGAAUAAACCCAGCUUUGUUGAGUCAGAGGAGUUGGACUCUUUGCCCAAAAGGCAGUUUAAGACGGCUGAAAUCGCAGACGCAGUGAUGGGGACUGAAACCCCGAUCGAUCCGUCUGACAUCGAAUCCCUGAUUCCCAGGAAUGUGAAGGACUUCCAGUCUGGCUUCUCUCCCCCCUGCGACGGGAACGGCGAUCGGUGCGUCUCGCCUGCGCAGGCCGAAGACCUGGAGCUGCUGGAGGAGCCGGAAGCAGAAUCAAUGCAGCAGGUCACUCUUGAGAUGAUCCCUGCAGAACUUCCAGCUGAAGAAGCGAACACCACAGAGACGGCAAAGACGUAUAAAGUGAACUGUGACAAGAGGAACGUCACAGGACUGGAGAGCUUCACCGUUCAGGUCCUCAGCUCCUCACAGGACCUGAUGGAUUUCCUCAACGCCAACAGCACAGAGUGCUCUGUGGUUCUGUUCUUCACAGCCUGGUGUCAGUUCUCAGCCAAACUGGCGCCGCACUUCAACGCCCUGCCACGCGUUUUUCCCAGCAUGCAUUUCCUGGCACUGGAUGCCUCGCAGCACAGCAGUCUCUCCACCAGGUUUGGGACGGUGGCCGUUCCCAACAUCCUGCUGUUUCAGGGGGCCAAACCUAUGGCGCGCUUCAACCACACGGACCGAACGCUGGAGAUGCUCACCGCCUUCAUCACCAACCAGACAGGGUUUGAAGCGGGCCCCAACAGAGACGUGACAGAGGGAGAUCAGAUGGGGCCCCUGUCCAGCGUCCCGGUGAGAGGCAUCGACUGGCUCCUCGUCUUCUCCAUCCUCUUCAUCACGGCCUUCAUCAUCUACGCCAUCCUGCGGGCGGACAGCCUGCGCUGGCUCGUACCGGGGCAGGAGCACGAACACCAGGACUGAAAACACAAUAAUCACACUGCAAAGUUUUUCAUUCAAAAAUGUCUCAGAUUCAAUUAAAAUAUGCAAAAUGUU